AUGAUGGAGAAAGUAUCUGAAAUUUCCGGUUCAUCUGAGUCAAAAUCGAUGGAGAACGUCGCUUACCUCGGAACCAUCCUCACUUUACCAAUGGAAACAACCGUCGACGAAGGUAGUUUCGAGAACAAAACCCGAGUAGCUUUCAGUGACAAGCAGACGGGUUCCUAUGGACGUGCAACGACAACGGAGAAGGUGUCCGCCGGAGACUUUCAGUGGAAGAACGGAAAGAGUGGAAAAAGGAAUGAAUACAAGGAAACUUCUACUAUCAGAAUCGGAGACAAGAAUGGCUACAUUGAGCUUAGUGAGUUCCCCAAACCAAUUGAAUUUAGACUAUAA